CCUGACAAACAAAAACAGAAGAAGAGCAGAAGUCCUUUUUGUCAGUGAGAUGUGCUGGGAGCAGGCCAACAGACGCACAGUAACAACAAUCAAGGUUCCAAACCGUUCAACAUGUACAGCUGAUACACAAACCUGCAUUAGAAAAGUUUACAGCUUUAGGAAUGAAAAAGUUAAGGAAACAUUUCCGCUUGCUUCAGCUCAGCGCGCCCUCCACCUGCUGCUGAAGGCUCCGGCAAAACCAAAGCAGUUUGUCUGCGGCGUCUGCAAAAUGUCGCUUAGCUUGUUACUUGUGGGUAUUAGAGGUCAUAAUGGGGGGCGUGGAGGGGAAGGGCGUGUGCACGCUCCGUGUGUGUGUGUGUGUGUGCCUGCGGCAGUUUUCCUUCUUCUUCAGCUGUCUGUCAGCCUUAUCAACACCUCGACUCACUUCCUGGUUUUUAAUACCGGAGUCUUCUGCGUGGGCGCGCACACGCACGGCCCCAUACACAGUGACGCAGCGCGGAGGGAGGGUGGAGGCAGGGAAGAGCGCGGCGCGGAGCCGUGUUGUGUCUCUGCACCUCCUGUAGCACACACUUACUAACUCCGACAGGACUUGGACAGGACAGGUCCUGCAGCCGCGGGGACGAACUUGUUGAAGAGGUUUUUGCAGCCCGCUGCCAUGCAGAACCCGGCUGUGAGUGUGUGAAGGCUGGCGGGGCCGGCAGGUUGAACGUGAAGAGUUUUUCUCCUCCACUUGGACUCCUGCUGCUGCAUGUGAGGAGGUCUUCUCACGGAAGUGAAGGGGGACAAAGUUUCUCUCCUUCUCCACCUGUUCGUCACUGUCGCUGCUGGAGGAGCCCGAACCAGCUGCAGGAUGUCCGACUCAGCCUCCAGUUUCCUCCACAUCGGGGAUAUCGUGUCCCUGUACGCCGAGGGCUCCGUCAACGGCUUCAUCAGCACGCUGGGGUUGGUAGAUGACCGCUGUGUGGUCGAGCCAGCUGCUGGGGAUUUGGAGAAUCCUCCGAAGAAGUUCAGAGACUGCCUGUUCAAGGUGUGCCCCAUGAGUCGGUACUCGGCUCAGAAGCAGUUCUGGAAAGCCAAACAGGCCAAACAUGAGAAGGACAAGAUCGCUGAUGUGGUUCUGCUACAGAAACUACAGCAUGCCUCCAAUCUGGAGCAGAAGCAGAACGAGACGGAAAACAAGAAAGUCCAUGGAGACAUCGUCAAAUACGGGACUGUCAUACAGCUGCUCCACAUGAAGAGUAAUAAAUACCUGACGGUGAACAAACGUCUGCCGGCUCUGCUGGAGAAGAACGCCAUGCGGGUCACUCUGGACGGGACAGGAAACGAAGGUUCCUGGCUCUUCAUCCAGCCGUUCUGGAAGCUCCGUGCCAACGGAGACAACGUGGUGGUGGGAGACAAAGUGAUCCUGAACCCGGUGAACGCCGGUCAGCCGCUUCACGCUUCAAACUACGAACUGAGCGACCAUCCGGGCUGCAAGGAGGUGAACUCGGUGAACUGCAACACCAGCUGGAAGAUCAACCUGUUUAUGAUGUUCAGUGACCACAGAGAGGAAGUCCUCAAAGGAGGCGACGUGGUGCGUUUGUUUCACGCUGAACAGGAAAAGUUUCUGACCUGCGACGAGUACAAGAGCAAACUCCACGUUUUCCUCCGAACAACACUAAGACAGUCAGCGACCUCGGCAACCAGCUCCAACGCCCUGUGGGAGGUGGAGGUUGUCCAUCAUGACCCGUGUCGUGGGGGGGCGGGACACUGGAACAGCCUCUACCGCUUCAAACACCUGGCCACCGGCAACUACCUGGCUGCUGAGGAGAACCCAGGAUAUAAAGGAGACACCGCAGAGCCGUCGUCCUCGAUGGAUGGUAGUCGUAGCAACAAGCGCUCCCACGGCGAGAGGAUCAAGUACAAGCUGGUGGCAGUUGCUCACGGGAACGACAUCGCCUCGCUGUUCGAGCUCGACCCGACCACGCUGCAGAAGACAGACUCAUUCGUACCACGAAACUCGUACGUUCGACUGAGACACCUGUGCACCAACACCUGGAUCCAGAGCACCAACGUUCCCAUUGAUGUCGAUGAGGAGAGACCCAUCAGACUCAUGUUGGGAACCUGUCCCACGAAAGAGGACAAGGAGGCGUUCGCCAUCGUCUCCGUUCCUGUGAUGGAGAUCAGAGAUCUGGAUUUUGCCAACGACGCCAGCGCCAUGUUGAGCACCGUGGUGGACCAGUUCAACCAGGGCUUCAUCAGCCAGAACGACCGCCGGUUUGCUAUCAAGCUGCUGGAGGAUGUGGUUUUCUUCGUGGCAGAUGUUGUGAACAGCGGUCAGUCGGUCCUGGAUGUUGUAAUGACCAAAGCAAAUCGAGAGAGACAGAAACUGAUGAGAGAACAGAAUAUCCUCAAGCAGAUCUUUGGCAUCCUGAAGGCUCCCUUUAAGGACCGGGGUGGAGGUGAGGGUCCUCUGCUGUGUCUGGAGGAGCUGGCAGACCAGAAGAACUCUCCCUACCAGUACAUGUUCAGACUCUGCUACAGAGUCCUGCGACACUCCCAGGAGGACUACCGCAAGAACCAGGAGCAUAUAGCGAAGCAGUUUGGUCUGAUGCAGAGUCAGAUUGGUUAUGACAUCCUGGCUGAGGACACAAUCACUGCCCUGCUGCACAACAACCGAAAACUGCUAGAGAAACACAUCACCAAGACUGAGGUGGAGACCUUUGUCAGCCUGGUCCGCAAGAACAGAGAGCCCAGGUUUCUAGACUACCUGUCCGACCUGUGUGUGUCCAACAAUGUGGCCAUUCCCGUCACUCAGGAGCUCAUCUGUAAAUGUGUGCUGGACUCCAAAAACCAAGACAUCCUCAUCAAAACAGAGCGUCGUGUCCCCAGAGAGGCGCCCCCUGGUGGUGUUCAGGGAGAAUACAUGGGGAUGGAUGACUAUGGAGAUGAGGACGAAGUGUGGCUGGUGUGGACAGACAAGACAAAUGAGAGACAGGAGAAAAGCAUCAGACAGCUGGCUCAGGAGGCAAGACAAGGCAACGCUCACGAUGAGAACGUCCUUACCUACUACCGGUACCAGCUUAAGCUCUUUGCCCGAAUGUGUCUGGACCGUCAGUAUCUUGCCAUUGACGAGAUCUCCAAGCAGUUGGACGUGGAGCUCAUCUUCCUGUGCAUGAUGGACGAGACGUUGCCCUUUGACCUCCGUGCUUCCUUCUGUCGUCUUAUGCUCCACGCUCACGUUGACAGAGACCCACAGGAGCUGGUGACGCCUGUCAAGUUCGCCCGCCUCUGGACGGAGAUUCCCACCUCAAUCACUAUCAAAGAUUAUGACUCCAACAUGGACGACAGCCGAGACAACAAGAAGAACCGUUUCUCCAACACAAUGGCGUUCAUGGAGGAGUAUCUCAACAAUGUCCUGAACGACGAGCUGCCAUUCCACAAUGAGGAGAAAAACAAACUCACAUAUGAGGUGGUGAGUUUGGCCAGACAUUUGAUCUACUUUGGUUUCUACAGUUUCUUUGAGCUUCUCAGACUCACCAGAACCCUGUUGGGCAUCAUCGACUGUAGACCUAAUCCAGGAUAUGCUGGGCUCUUAUUCCAUGAUGAUGGGUCAGGGAAGAACGUGAAGCGCUCCAUACAUGGAAUGGGUCAAAUGAUGUCCACCAUGGUCCUCAACAGGAAGCAGUCCAUAUUUGGAGGUUCAGGAUCCAGAGGAGCGGGGCUGGGGGCAGGGCUUGUGCUUGACGGACAGAGAGGAGGUAAAGAUAGUAUCGACAAAAUGGACCUGACAGUGAUGGACACCAAACUGAAGAUUCUCGAGAUAUUACAGUUCAUUCUGAACGUUCGUCUCGACUACCGCCUCUCCUUCCUCCUGUCUGUGUUCAAGAAGGAGUUUGUGGAUGUUUAUCCAAUGGCUGAUGCUGACGCCACCACUAACACGGAGCAUGCAGCCGCCAUCAAUCUGCAGCACAUUGGCGAGCAGGCAGAGGCUAUGUUUGGAGUUGGUAAAGGGAACAGUAUCCUUGAGGUGGAUGAUGAAGGUGGUCGUAUGUUCCUACGGGUGCUGAUCCACCUCACCAUGCAUGACUACCCUCCUCUGGUGUCUGGAGCCCUGCAGCUGCUCUUCAGACACUUCAGCCAGAGACAGGAAGUGCUGCACACCUUCAAACAGGUCCAACUGCUGAUCUCAGCUCAGGAUGUGGAGAACUACAAGCUGAUCAAGGCAGAUCUGGAUCGCCUUCGAACCCUGGUAGAGAAAUCCGAAUUGUGGGUGGAGAAGAAGAACUCAGGUGGAGGGGAAGGGAAAAAAGACAAGAAGGACAAGAAGGAGAAAGGAGAGGGGGCAACAGAGGAAGCAACGCCCAAGAGAGAGAAACUGGAGAAGGGCAACGAGAACUACCAGAAAGUCAAAGAGAUCCUGGAGAGGCUGAAUAAGAUGUGCAGCAGUGGAGUUUGGAAGAAGCAGCAGAGGUUGCUGAAGAACAUGGGAGCUCAUAAAGUCAUGCUGGACCUGCUGCAGGUGUCCUACGACCAGAAUGACGUGAAGAUGCAGGAGAUCAUCAGGUACACUCAUCUGUUCUUACAGAAGUUCUGUAUGGGGAACCAGGAGAACCAGACUCUGCUACACAAGAACCUCAACCUCUUCCUCAACCCUGGGCUGCUGGAGGCAGAGACGGUGCAGCACAUCUUCAGUAACAACUACCAGCUGUGCAGUGAGAUCUCGGAGAGCGUCCUGCAGCACUUCAUCCACUGCCUGGCCACGCACGGCCGCCACGUUCAGUACCUCAACUUCCUCCACACCAUCAUCAAGGCCGAGGGCAAGUACGUCAAGAAGUGUCAGGACAUGAUCAUGACCGAGUUAACCAACGCCGGUGAGGACGUAGUCGUCUUUUACAACGACAAAGCCUCCUUCAGCGUCAUGCUGGAGUUGAUGGCAGAGAGCCGGGAAGGCGUCGGCGAGAACAGCCCGCUCAGGUAUCACAUCUCUCUGGUGGAGCUGCUGGCUGCCUGUGCGGAGGGGAAAAACGUUUACACUGAGAUCAAAUGCACCUCACUGCUGCCUCUGGAGGACGUGGUCCGAGUGGUGACGCAUGAGGACUGCAUCACGGAGGUGAAAGUGGCCUAUGUGAACUUUGUGAAUCACUGUUACGUGGACACGGAGGUGGAGAUGAAGGAGAUCUACACGUCGAACCACAUCUGGAAGCUGUUUGAAGACUUCACCGUGGACAUGGCCCGGGUUUGUAAUAAACGAGAGAAGCGUCUUUCUGAUCCCAUCCUGGAGAAAUACAUCAUCAAUGUGGUCUUCGACACCAUCAACGCCUUCUUCAGCUCCCCGUUCUCUGAAAACAGCACUUCUCUGCAGACUCAUCACACCAUCGUGACUCAGCUGCUCCAGUCGUCUGUCAGACUGCUGGACUGUCCCUGGCUGCAGCAGCAGCACCGAGGACAAGUGGAGACCUGCAUCAAGACGCUGGCCAUGACAGCUAAGAGUCGUUCGAUCGCCCUCCCUCUGGACUUGGAGGCUCAGAUCAGCUCCAUGUUGUCCACCUCAGCCCUCAACUCGCUGUCCCGUUCCAACCCGAACUACAAGUCCUCCUUGCGUUCCUCCAGACCCAUUGCUCCCAGCAACCCCUGGGACUACAAGAACAUCAUCGAGAAACUGCAGGACAUCAUUAACACUCUGGAGGAGCGUCUGAAGCCGCUGGUGAACGCCGAGCUCUCAGUGUUGGUGGAUGUCCUCCACCAGCCAGAGCUGCUGUUUCUGGAGGGAACUGACGCCCGACACCGCUGCGAGUCCGGAGGAUUCAUCUCCAAGCUGAUCCAGCACACCAAGGCACUGAUGUCAACAGAGGAGAAGCUGUGUAUCAAAGUCCUGAGAAUUCUGCAGGAAAUGCUCAUCAGGACUCUGGACUUUGAUGAAAAGGGAAUUUCCCUGCGGAAGGUUCUGCUGCAAAACUACCUGUUUCCUAACAAGAAGAACAACCAGAAGAACGACCUGGCCGAGCUCGGAGCUGCAGGGGAGCAGGAGCACGACUGGGCUGCGGUGGCAGCAGUUCAGUGUCGUCUGGACAGAGAAGGAGGAACAAAGCUGUUCACCGAUCUGGUGAUGAGCUCCAAGAACGACAAGAUCUUCCAGGAGAGCAUCCAGCUGGCCAUCUGUCUGCUGGAGGGAGGAAACACCGAGAUACAGAACUCCUUCUACAAACUGAUGAUGGGCGACAACAAGUCCGAGAAGUUCUUUAAGGUUCUUCAUGACCGCAUGAAAGAAGCCCAGACUGACAUCAAAGCUACCGUAUCGGUCAACGUCGGCGAGGUGACGCACAAGGCAAACGAGAGGGAGCUGGAGAGCGGUGGUUCUGCUACAUUAGUACUUUCUGGUUCAGGAGGUCACCCGUUGUUGGUCCAGGGCCAGUCCAUCGCCCCGAUACCAGGCGCCUCCGCCCUGCCGGUUCAGGCAGAAGCAGAGCAGAGGGAGGUGGAGACGGAGAUGGGACCGGCCGUUGCCAUCAUGAAGCCCAUCCUGAGGUUCCUCCAGCUGCUCUGCGAGAACCACAACCUGGACCUACAGAACUUCCUGCGCUGCCAGAACAAUAAGACCAACUACAACUUGGUGUGUGAGACUCUUCAGUUCCUGGACAUCAUGUGUGGCAGCACCACUGGAGGUCUGGGCCUGCUGGGCCUCUACAUCAACGAAUCAAACGUCCACCUGAUCACUCAGACCUUGGAGACGCUCACGGAGUACUGCCAGGGCCCCUGCCAGGAGAACCAGACAUGCAUUGUGACCCACGAGUCCAACGGCAUCGACAUCAUCACGGCUCUGAUCCUGAAUGACAUCAGCCCUCUGUGCCGUUAUCAGAUGGAGAUGGUGCUCCAGCUGAAGGACAACGCCUCCAAGCUGCUGUUGGCUCUGAUGGAGAGUCGCCAUGACAGCGAGAACGCUGAGAGGAUCCUGUUCAACCUGCGACCUCGAGAGCUGGUGGAGGUGAUAAAGAAGGCCUACCACCAGGAGAGUGAGUGUGAGGGGGCUGAGGUUUCUCCCCGUGAGGUGGGACACAACAUCUACAUCCUGGCUCAGCAGUUGGCCAGGCACAACAAGGUCCUGCAGAACCUCCUGAAACCUCUGAAGAAAAGUAAAGAAGGAGAGGAGGGAAUCUCCUCCAUGCUGAACCUGAACAACCGUCCCCUGUCCCAGAUGCUGAAGUCAUCAGCUCCAGCUACUGUAGUGGAACAGGACCCACUGGAGUUCUACGACCAGCUUACUGCACAGAUAGAGAUAGUCCGUGAGGACCGCAGCAUGGAGCAGAUCGUGUUUCCUGUUCAUCCCAUCUGUGAGUUUCUGACUGAGGAGUCGAAGUUACGAGUGUUCAACACGACCGAGCAGGACGAGCAGGGGUCAAAGGUCACGCACUUCUUCGAACAGACGGCCUUCCUGCACGGAGAGAUGGAGUGGCAGAAGAAGCUGAGGAGUAUGCCGGUGUUGUACUGGUUCUCCAGGAGGAUGUCUCUGUGGGGAACCAUCUCCUUCAAACUCGCCGUCUUCAUCAACCUCAUCAUCGCCUUCUUCUACCCCUACCACUCCGGACAAGCAGGAGCAAUCGAUGACUCCCUGUUGCUGAUGCUGUUCUGGAUCCUGACCGGUCUCUCCGUCUUGGGUUUGUUCUCUCAGCGUUAUGGCCUCCAGCCUCUCACCAUCGCUCUCAUACUCAGGUCCAUCUACCACCUGGGCAUCGGCAACACGCUCAUCCUGCUGGGAUCGCUCAACCUCAUCAAUAAGGUGGUGUUCGUGGUGAGCUUUGUGGGGAACAACGGGACCUUCAUCAUGGGAUACAAGGCCAUGGUGAUGGACGUGGAGUUCCUGUACCACCUGGCAUACGUCCUCACCUCCACCCUGGGGCUGUUCGUCCACGAGCUCUUCUACAGCAUCCUGCUGUUCGACCUCAUCUACCGCGAGGAGACUCUGUUUAACGUCAUAAAGAGCGUCACCCGGAACGGUCGCUCCAUCCUGCUGACGGCGCUGCUCGCUCUCAUCCUCGUCUACCUCUUCUCCAUCGUGGGCUUCCUCUUCCUGAAGGAGGACUUCAUCAUGGAGGUAGACCUGCUCCCGCAGAUCACUGCAGCUCCUCCUCCGCAGACCGAAGCCUCACAGGAUUUCCUCAAAUCGUGUUCCGCAGACGGAGUCAGCUGCACUGCCGAGAACGCCGCCGCCGCCACUGAGGAGGAAGAAGAGGAGCUGAACUCGGAGCGGGCGUGCGACACUCUGCUGAUGUGUAUCGUUACUGUGUUGAAUCACGGCCUGAGGAAUGGAGGAGGAGUCGGAGAUGUUCUCCGCAAACCAUCCAAGAACGAGCCUUUGUUUCCAGCGCGUGUGGUGUACGACCUGUUGUUCUACUUCAUUGUCAUCAUCAUCGUCCUCAACCUGAUCUUCGGCGUGAUCAUCGACACGUUUGCCGACCUGAGGAGUGAGAAACAGAAGAAAGAAGAGAUCCUGAAGACCACGUGUUUCAUCUGCGGUCUGGAGAGAGACAAGUUUGACAACAAGACGGUGUCAUUCGAAGAGCACAUCAAACUGGAGCACAAUAUCUGGAACUACCUGUACUUCAUCGUUCUGGUGCGCGAGAAGAACAAGACGGACUACACGGGGCCUGAGAGCUACGUGGCUCACAUGAUCAAGAACAACAACCUGGACUGGUUCCCACGGAUGCAGGCCAUGUCUCUGGUGGUAACCGACGGUGACGGGGAGCAAAACGAGAUGAGGAUGCUACAGGACAAGCUGGCGGCGACGAUGAAGGUGGUGACGACCCUGACAGCUCAGCUGACGGAGCUGAAAGAGCAGAUGACGGAGCAGAGGAAGAGGAGGCAGAGGAUGGGAUUUGUUGACGUCCAGGCAGGAGCGAGCGCGGCGCUGCCUCCCAGCGCCGCGGGAGGAAACCACCAGAUCUACAAAGCGUAGAGCGCGACGGGCGGACAGACGUGCGACUGCUCGCCACCGGACUGGACUGGAUGGACUCCUGCAGGAAAACACUACAACAAACCUGAUCUGCGUCGCACUACAGGCUUUUACUUUGUAACGUCAGGCUCAUCCAGAUGACCCGCAGUAAAAUGUCUCACUGAUGGACACAGCGAAGACAACUUCCUGUGUAGAAAUAGAAGACGGGUGGACUUUGUUCAUCUUUUCAUUCGUUAACUCUGUUGCUGUGAGCGUAAUGUUUAGUGUCCGAGCAGAAGUGUGCUGAAAGUCCUGCAGAUGAAAUGUCAUUUCCUGUUGCUCGAGGCUCCUCUCAUGACGCUGGGUGUGCUAGCAGAAGCUAACAUUAGCAGCUGAGCUCGCUGACAUUUUCUGGUUGACGUUUUGUUCACGUUAGAUGAGCCUCAGCUGCCGCUCAGGACGACCUCAGGGCGAGUUCAGUCCUGAGUCCUCCCUCAGUCGGGAUGAGUUCCUCACCUCACCCUCAAUACAGACCAAAUCUUUGAUUGAUUAUUGAUAAAUGAUUUCCGUGGACGAAGUGAAGCAGGAGGUUUGCGGCGCAGCCUUCAUAGCCGUCGUGUUGUUUUGUGGAUCAGCCUGGAAGUCACUGACACUCAGAGAUCAGAGACUUCCUGUUUGGCGGACUGCAGACCACCAAUCUGUUCAACAAAAAUAUAAGCUUAAAACAUUUUUGUUUUUGUUUCCUUUUUUUUUUUAUUAGUUACAAAAGGAAAAGAUUCCUGACUUGAUGUGGGACAGAAGGUUUAUUUCUUUGACGUUUGAGCCCAAAUUUGUUAAAGUUUGUGUUAAUGAGCACUUCUUCUAAUCAAUUUGUUUCAGUCAGCAGGUCGAUAUGCCACACCUGUCAGGUGGAUGGAUUGGCGCUCACUAACACAAAUUUAAUUCAUCAACAAUCCAAGUUUUCUGUGUGCAUUCAAAGUCUUUGAUUUCAACAAAUGAAAAAUGUUAGAAAACCGUGUUGUGAAAUGUGUGCGUGCUCGGAGAAUAACCAGAGGCCUCGUUUAUGGGACUGACUUCUGAUUCGUUUAAAUGACGUUAAUGUUGAAGUGAUGUGAUCUGCAUGUCGCUCAUUCCCCCUGCUGGUGGUGUUGGGGUACUGCAGCUGUGGUCACUGAGCGACAGCGUGAUAGGAUCAGGUAAAAGGUGUGAGGAGUCACUCGUCAGGUCAUUUCUUUGUGACGUCAGACCACAGUCGCGUCUUUUGCUCCACCGUUUUCCCCCCUCGGCUGUUCUCAACUAAACCCUCAUGUGUUCUGUCUUUAGAUGAGAGCAAAUCAGGUGAUGAUUUGAGAUUUCUACAUCACAAAUGUAUGGCAGCCACUUAAACGAGAUUUCUCAUAAUCAGCAUUUAUGAAUCGAACAUAAGCACAUGGUAAUUAAUCUUCAGAUUAAGUUCAGCUGUAAAUCUGAGAUCAGUUUUAUAAAAGAGGCCCCGAGCACAAACUCACCUUGGUCUUUUAAAGAAAAUGUAGAUAGAUAGAUAGAUAGAUAGAUCCUUUAUUGAUCCCGAGGGAAAUUCAGUAAUGUAAUGUAAGUAGAGACUGACAGAAUUCAAUCUCUAAUAUUCUUCUGUGUGAAUGUGAACCCAGUUGUGUGUUUUUAUUGUAAAAGUGAUUGAUCUUGUGGUUGAAUAGCGACAUAUUUAAGAGGAGAGCAGCUCCUGUUUGUCUGUAACGCUGAAACGAGCUCAGCACACACACUGGAUUAGAACUGAAAACAGCAUUUGGGCUUUUAUUAGAGAACAGGUGGGUGGAGACAGUGAGGAGGAAGAGGAGGGUGUGAUGAAGACCACGCCAACAAAAAAAUAAAAUAUUUACCAUAAAGAACUAAA